AUGACUAUUACUCCACAUAUGGAAGAAUGGCGUAGUCCGGGAACUUAUCUCAAAGCAAAGGCAUUGAGCUUGAUUGAACUGGAUAACCGGACGGCGCAGAGACGACUGUUCACUGAGAUCCAAUCCAGUAAGGCGCGUUCAGCUCUGGGGCUGAGUGCAACUCCCACGCCAUAUAUUCCACGAGUCAUCGCUUCUGGGUCACCGGACACACGGAGGGAGAAGUCCCUCGUUUUUCGCUCGUGUACAAAGAUUCCCGGCCUGAGGCAGCUGCGCUAUGCCAGUUCAACCGUCAAACCCUCGCUGUUUGAUGAGCUUAAAAGUUCAGGCCAAAAUGUAAUCGUGAGUGCGUCUCGCGGGGACGGAAUUGCCAUAUUGGCUAUGAAUUUUCAAGCGAAAAAGAACGCAUUGAGUAAAACAUUUGUCGAAGACUUUUCCAAAGCUGUGAGCGAGCUGGAAAAGGACGACAAGUCAAUCGUAGCCGUUGUGUGCAGUCUAGUACCAAAUGUGUUUUGUGCUGGUGCCGAUUUGAAGGAAAGAGCUGAAGUGCCUGAUGAAAAGACUCCUGCACUUGUCGGUGGUCUUCGCUCCCUGUUUCAACGGAUUUAUGCCCUUCCCUUCCCGGUGGUCGCUGCUGUGGAUGGAUCCGCCCUCGGUGGUGGGCUUGAACUGGCACUGGCCUGUGAUGUUCGGUUCGUUGGUAACUUACCACGUUCUCAGAUUGGUUUGAUCGAAACACAGUGGGCUCUGCUUCCUGGAGCCGGGGGAUCGCAACGCCUGCCACGCCUUAUAGGUGUUUCUAAGGCAAAGGAAUUGAUGUUCGCCGCACGUCGACUGAAUCCAGUUCAAGCGGCUGAAUUGGGUAUUGCCAACGCUGUGGUAAAUCCUGACGAAGUUCCAGACGAAUGGAAGGACAAACCGGCUUUGUAUCGUUCGUUGGAGUAUGCAAGUGAGCUGACCAGCAAAGGUCCCAUUGCUUUGCGCCAACUGAAGCGUGCUGUGAAUGAAGGCUUAUCAUCUGGAUCACUGGAACGAGGUUUGGAAGUUGAGGGUGCUUGUUACCGGAUUCUAGUGCCUACGCGCGAUCGGAAAGAAGGCAUGAAGGCGUUUGCUGAAAAGCGAGCUCCAAUUUACCAUGGACACUAGGAGACUUGGUGGUGAUUUCUACAUGCUUUUUUCCUGAUUUUUUUUACCAUUCCUGUAUGACAGUUCACAAAGAUAAAAAUGAUCAUCCACAU